UGCAGUCAGUUGUCCGCGCGGGGCUGUGGUUGAUGCGCGCGCCGCCCCGACAGAGCGAAGAAAACGGAGUGUCAGAGAAGUUGUGAAAGGUUAAACAAACAGAACAAUAAACAAGAGAACAGUUAGCAUAGAAAAGAACUAAAUAAACUAAAGGAGAGGUAAAAGUUAAAGAGAAAAACGAAAACAAUACCUUAAACUGCAAUAUAUAUUUUUUUCAGAAUAUUAACAAGUGCAGAAAAUAAUAAAAAAAUAACAUAGUUGGUGAUAUCUGAAAAUUUGUCCACACCACGAUCAACUUUUUUUUUUUUAUAUUAAGGAGAAGGAUUAAGAAGAAAAGGGUGAUGAUGAGUGGUGAUGAAGAGGAGGAGUGAACGGUGGUUGUGGUGGUGAUAGUGGUGAUACGUGUGAAGGAAGAAAAGAAGAAAUAACGGAAGGAAAGAAAGAAGGAAAAACAGGAAGAAAAGCGUGAGAAAGAAAAACAAAAAAUAAGGAAGAAAAGAUAGGAAGAAAGAAGAAAAGAGGAAGAAAGAAGGAAAAACAGGAAGAAAAGCGUGAGAAAGAAAAACAAAAAAUAAGGAAGAAAAGAUAGGAAGAAAGAAGAAAAGAGGAAGAAAGAAGGAAAAACAGGAAGAAAAGCGUGAGAAAGAAAAACAAAGAAUUAAGAAGGAAAGAUAAAGAAAGAAAAGAUAAAAAGAAAGAAGAAAAGAGGAAGAAAAAAGGAAAAACAAGAAGAGACGAAAACGUAAGAAAGAAAAACAAAGAAUAAGAAAGAAAAGACAGGAAGAAAGAAGAAGAAAGAAAGAAAGAAAACUCACACAGCUUUGAAGAGGAUAACAAGCAAGAAAGAAAGAGACAAACAAACAAAGAUAAAGAAAGAGAGAAAUCAAGAUAGAGAGAGAGUGUGUGUGCUAGAAGAGUAUUACGAAAGAAAAAAACAUUAUUCCUCACUAUCUUUAUUUCUUGCUUAACUAUCUUUUUUCUUAUCCUCAGUUCCGGUUACGUCUUUUUUUUCAUUCACAAGAAAAUAAAUAAAGAAAAAAGAGACAAACAGAGGGCGUAAAAAUCCCGUUCAUAUCCUGAUUAAGAGAGAGAGAGAGAGAGAGAGAGAGAGAGAGAGAGAGAGAGAAAGCUACAGAAAAGAAGGACCAAAAAAAAGGAAAGGAAUUUAACCCAUUAACGUAAAUAAAAAGAAGCAAUCCAACCCCAUUUUCUCUGACCAGGAAUCUCACCCCAUUUUCUACCAAUCGACCUGUGACUCAAGAAAACCUAUUAGCAUUUUUUAUUUUCCUCCAUUUCUUACUUUAUUCCAUGUCCCAAUAAGCUAAAAAAAGGAUACGAGACAGAAGAAGAAGAAGAAGAAGAAAAAGAAGAAAUAAAAGAAUGAGAUGAAAAGGAAAUAACUCAGAUAAAAAAGAUUAUAUAGAAGCUCAAAAAACAAAAGAAGAAAGAAAAAGACAAGAAAAUAAAGAUAAAUACGAAGAGGAGAGAAAAAAGGAGAGACGAGGGAAAUUAAGAGAAAAGAAAAUAUAAGGGAGAUAAUAAAAAGAAACGAGAGAAAAGAAGAGAAAAGAAGAGAGAAAAUCAGAGAGCGGUAAGAAAAGAGAAGAAGGAGAGAAGACAGGAAGAGAAAACAAUUGAUUUGCUUUACUGUCCUUGUGUCUUCUUAACUUUUCUCUUGGAACUAAAAAAUAAAGAAAGGAGAAAGGAAAGAUAGUAGGAAGGAAACAAGGAAGUAAGAAAUGUGAGAAAAGGAAAACCGGAAGAAGAAAGAAAGAAAGGAAGGAAAGGAAGAAACUCGGUCAUAAGAAAGGAAAGGAAAGGAAGACAGGAAGAAUAAGGAAAAGAAGGAAAGGAGAGAAAAAUAAAGAUAGGAAGGAAAGAAAGAAGGAAGAAACUCGCUGAUAAGUCCUCAUUCUCGUUAACUUCCUCCUCCUCCUCCUCCUCCAACUCCUCCUCCUCUUCCUCGACGACAAAAUGAAAAGGAUGUCUGGAUCUGUGUUCCUUCCCCUCCUCCUCCUCCUCCUCUUCCUCACAACUCCCCUGGAAGGACAGACAGGAAGAGAAUUGCGCAACCCAACACCGAAGGAGAUUAUUGCGCAGCUUCUCCUACGGCGCGCGCACAAGGCAACCCACAACCCACCCACCCCGCUAGCCCCCUCGUUCGUCCCCCCCGCCCCCACCUCCUCCCCCCUCAUAGACCCUGAAGUUGACCAAGGGGGAGGAGGUGGAGGAGGAGGGGGUGGGGGCUUUGGUGGGGGAGGUGGAAGGGUGGAAGAGGAGGAUGUCGCAGCCUUGACCAAUUUGAUAGUUGAUGAAGCCUGCACGGGGUCCGGGUGUGGAUCGGCGGACGAGUUCAAGGAGAGGUGGUCCAUGCCGUUAAUGAAGCUGGGGAACAAGCGAUACUACCUGGGCAUAUUCUUCAAGGCCAACUGGUACAAGGCGUGGCAAUACUGUCGCUUCCACGGCAUGCACCUGGGGGGCAUCGAGACGGAGAGGGAGAACCGCUUCCUGGAGCAACACAUCCAGGACCGAGGUCUAGGUCACGAGCACUUCUGGACCUCGGGGACGGACCAGGGUGAGGAGGGGAACUUCUUCUGGAUGUCGAACGGUCAGCCUGUCACCUACACCAACUGGAACGCCGGAGAACCCAACAACUUCCAGUAUGAGAACGGCGAGAUGGAACACUGUCUCGAAUUGUGGAACAGAGACGGGAAGGGACUCAAGUGGAACGACAGCCCUUGCUCCUUCGAGACUUACUUCAUCUGCGAGGUGGAGUAAUGGAUCGUGGUGGAAGUGGUGUGUGUGUUAGUGUGUGUGUGUCUGUCUGUUUCUCUGUUUUUUUUCUGUUUAACUCUUUGUAUUUGGGGUAACUUUUUGUCUCUUAUUUCUGUUUGUUUUUUUAUCUCUGUUUUGUUUGUUUUUCUCUUUUCUUGCUUUCUUUCUUUGUGUAAAUCUAUGUAAAUCUGUGUCUGUUUGUCUGUCUGUCUCUGUAUCUCUGUCUCUCCGUCUCUCUCUCUCUCUCUCUCUCUCUCUCUCUCUCUCUCUCUCUCUCUCUCUCUUCUAAUACUCUUUUUUUUUACUCCUUCACAUAUUUUUUCUCAAUCUUAUUUUUCUUUUCUAAUUGUUUUCCUUAUUUUUUACCCAUUGCUCCACCGAUUUUGUAAUACUUUUUGUUUGUUUGUUUAUUUGUUUGUUUUACUAUUGCACGUCCGUUGAUUUUUUUUUUCCUCUUCUCUUUUAUUCGCAUUUUUUUCUCUCAUCUGUAUCAACAAAAAAAUCACACUCGUUCUUUUUUUCUUCCAGUUUCUUCGUUUGUAAUCAUUAUUUUCUACAUUUUCCUUUUAUAAGAUUUUUCCUUUUUUUUCCUAUUCUCUCUCUCUCUCUCUCUCUCUCUCUCUCUCUCUCUCUCUCUCUCUCUCUCUCUCUCUCUCUCUCUCUCUCUCUCUCUCUC